AUGGAUUCGCAGCAGCUCGUUGAUACAGCCUCUCAGAAUAGCCAGGACAUCGUCCUGCCGAAACCAGCGAGCAGCACACCCAGGCACAGCAUCGACGCGAUCCUUGGACUUGCAAAUAACAAAAGGAGCCAUCAAGAGAUGGAGGAUAACGCUCGAGACAGCCAGGAAAACACUGGUGAGAACAGCUGCAACUCCACCGGCGGCGGCAGCGACGAGGAACUCGGCACAGGCUGCGGGGACGAUUUAAACGGGAACGGCGGCAAGAAGAAGCAUCGUCGAAACAGGACGACCUUCACCACCUACCAGCUGCACGAGCUCGAGAGGGCCUUCGAGAAGUCUCAUUAUCCGGACGUGUACUCCAGGGAGGAGCUCGCUGCAAAAGUCAGUCUUCCGGAAGUGCGCGUCCAGGUCUGGUUUCAGAAUAGGCGAGCAAAAUGGCGUAGACAGGAGAAGAUGGAAGCCGCGAGACUCGGCCUCAGCGAGUACCACCACGCGGCAAAUAUGAGAAACGUGGCCGGGCCGGCACUGGGUCUACCUGGGGAUCCUUGGCUCACUCCUCCAGGACUAUUAAACGCCCUUCCUGGUUUCUUGGCUGCGCCUCACACGGGAUAUCCUAGUUAUCUAACGUCCCCGAGACGAUUGCCGUCGCCACCGAACGUUGCCACCGUCGCGAACACCGUGCCAGGAACCCUAACCGGGGGGAUGACGAGUAUAGGAAGCGGUGGUCACGUUCCCGCAGCGCCUCCCAGUCCUCCAGGACACGACCCACGCACAACCAGCAUCCAGGCUCUGAGAAUGCGAGCCAAGGAACACGUUGAAAGCAUUACCAAAGGGUUGCAAAUGGUCUGAAGUUUAACGUACAACCGAGGAAGGCAAGAAACCGAGUUCGAGCGUGCCAUAGCCGCGCUUUUAACACCGCGGGCGUGACCGGAAGCAAAACUACUCUACCUUCGACCCUUCAACCGCGGAGAAUGUCCAGUAGAAGCCAGACAGAUCGACAAACACGUUCCAUCGUUCCUUUUUCUAGCUGGUGAACGAAUCGUCGUUUCGAUUUCCCCUGGAAUCGUUUAUUGGUUAUCGAAAGAAUACCUAGGAGCUCGACGAGAAAAGGACGAUUAACGCACGUUCGAGCGUUCGAGCAGGCUGGUCCGAUUAUUACCUGGCUGAUUGGUAAAUGAAAUUUAUUCGAGUUCAUCGAUCAGAGCAAGAGGAUGAUUCUUUGGUUCUAUGGAGACGCUUGGAGAUGUUCUAUUUGUUUGGAUGAUAAAAAGAGAAACUAGUUGAUAAUAGUGCAAUAAACGAACAGAAAUAUGGUCAGACUUUUCGUAGUGUUGCGGGAGGAGAGUAGGUGUAAGGUCCAGAGACGAUCCUUCUUGGUUAGCAGCAAGAAUUACCAAGGACUUCUUGAACGAUCAGCUCAGUAAGUAAUAUGUUACGUAUAGUUCUAAUCAAAGGGGUCAAAAAAAGAGGGAAUAAUGUUCUUUCGAAUGUGAUGAGGAGACAUUUUAUUUGAAAUGAAAAUCUUGAACGUUGAAAUUCGAUUUGACUUUAACAUUAGCAUAAUUGUUUGAUAAUCAUGUAUGGAGCCAGCUGAACAGCGACACGGUGACACGUGUGCUAUUUUAUUAACAAUAUUUCUCGCUUGUCCUUAUCUGACGACAAGCGACGAAGCAUAUGUAAAAAUAAUGCAAUUCGAUUUUAUCUCGAGCAGAAUCAAGUAUCGAGUGUGCUAUAUUUAAAAAAGCGAAUGCUCUUCCUGAAUUUGCUAUCGAAUCGUUCGAUCGUGAAAUUAAAGUCGAACUGGAUCGAAGCGCGACAAACACUGACAGACUAAAAACCACAGGCGAACUGGCCAGGGGGAGUUCGAAAAAACUCUCAGUGGGCCGAUAGAGAUUUUGGGCCUAAUUAAUUAAAAUUAGGGUCCGUAAUGUCACUAAUCAACCGGUAAAAAUUCCAGUUCGCUCGUGGACUAAACCCAAUAUUUCUUGUAGUAUAGAGACUCGAGGUGCAGACAGCGCAUUUUGGCAUAAACAAUAUUCUGCAGUAUUAAUACGUUAAGGUGAAGAAUUGUGCAUAAGUACGUAAUAAAUGACUACGGUAUGCAAAUUCGAUCGCAUGGAAGAGGGCUGGCCAGACGAAUUCUAAGCUGGAGAUAUUUUCAGUAAAAAAAAAAGAAAUAGAAAUAGAAAUAUUGUUUAUUAGUUGAAAAAUUAAUAAAUACACCGGAAUUUUUUUAAUGAAAAUUCUUUGAGCAUCGUCUUCUGUCAGUCAUUUUCCAUGCGUGUGAAACAGAAAACAAGUAGAGGGUGAAGAAAGAACGUAGACAGUUACCCACCCCCGAACGUCUAUUUGUAUAUAUACCUGCUCGUGGUAAAAUAAAAUUUGAUGUACAUAUUUAA